CCUUGGAGGCGUAUCUCUUCUGAGUAUCAGCAAGUGCAGAAACAAGGAACAGUCCAGGCUCAGAUUCAUUUCAGGAGGACGAGGGAAGCGCACACAAGUUCCUCGCAGUGGAGUUGAAGUGAUCCUUCAGCGCCAGAACUAAACGAAAACAAAUCUGCUCUUUGAAAGGAGAGACUUCAGCGAGAGAGGAGGACUAAACAAAAAUACAGGAUUUAUCCCAGUCAGAGGUUGGUGUCCGUUACCUUGCAGUGGUCUGUGGUCCUCUCCCAGAGCUGAAAAAUGAGUACCAGCGACCUGGAGGACCUGUUCGAGUUUCUUGGGGACCCCAACAUCUCUGAAACCUUAAGUAACAUAACGAUUGGGGAUUCGAUGGUGUGUGCUACAGCGUUCAACCGCAGCGCUCUGCUCUACUCCAUGUGCAUCCUCUACUCUUUUAUCUUCAUCAUCGGCCUGGCUGCUAACGCUCUGGUCCUCUGGGUCAACAUCCGCGCACAGAGAGACUCCACCCCUCGCCAUGAGACGCACACGUACAUCGCCCACCUGGCGGUCGCAGAUCUGUGCGUGUGCGUCACCCUGCCCGUGUGGGUGAGCUCGCUGGCUCAGCAUGGCCACUGGCCCUUCGGCGAGGUGGCGUGUAAACUCACGCAUCUGAUGUUCUCCGUCAACCUCUUCGGCAGCAUUUUCUUCUUGGCCUGUAUGAGCGUGGACCGCUACCUAAGCGUGACAACGCACGGAGACAACGAGGGAGGCGCGCAGAGGAAGUUAAUCCGCCGUGGAGCAUGUGUAGGGGUUUGGCUUCUGGCUCUGGUCGCCUCCCUCCCAGACACCUACUUCCUGCGUACUGUGAAGGCAACACAUGGGGAUUCAAUGCUGUGCAGGCCCGUGUACCCAGAGGAAAACCCCAGGGAGUGGAUGGUUGGCGUGCAGCUGAGCUUCAUCCUGCUGGGCUUUGUUCUCCCCUUCCCUGUCAUUGCUGUGUUUUACGCCCUGCUCGCCAGAGCUUUCACACGCUCCUCUUCUUCCUCUUCGCCGUCUUCCACGGUGGAGCAGGAGCGUCGUGUGAGCCGCAGGGUGAUCCUUGCCUACAUCGUGGUGUUUCUGGGCUGCUGGGGGCCAUACCACGGCGUCCUCCUGGUUGAUUCCCUGUCCCAGCUGGGCCUGGUGCGUCUGACCUGUGGCCUGGAGAAUGUGAUCUACGUGGCCUUACACCUCACCCAAUGUCUGUCCUUGCUCCACUGCUGUUUCAACCCCAUCCUCUACAACUUCAUCAACAGAAACUACCGCUAUGACCUCAUGAAGGCCUUCAUCUUUAAAUACUCCACAAGGACGGGCUUGGCUCGCCUCAUCGAUGCUUCCAACAUGUCUGAGACUGAGUACUCUGCUGUAGCUGUCGACAACCCACCACAGAUCUGAAACUCCAAUCGGCAUUUCUCGAACACUGUUUCUAAAUAUAGACAGCUAUAACGCGAUAUAAACUUACGUUACAGCUGAUUUGUCCUCAUCAGAAUCUGCAUCAUGUUUGACAUUAGAGAUAAAAAAAAAAAAGCUAAUCCAGCAUCUUUUUAUUUUACAGGAAUCUGCUCGAGUCACGUAGAAAAGCUUGAAGACAGGCUAAUAUCAUCUUUGAUGUACUGAUUUAAAAGCACUUAGAAAGCAGUUUUAUUAUAGCAGCUGAAACUGAAAACAUAUGAAUAUUGUCACUCUUUUUAUUUUAAAGCCAAAACAGUGACCAUUAUGUGUAAAAUCAUCGCCUGUUCUGCGCGUGUAGGAUUGUAUAUUGUGUGUGCGUUCAAAGUGUGUGUGGUGUACAUAAUCUGACGGGCGUUGAAUAUUGUUAGCGUCAGCCGAGUUAUCUUUUUGUAUCGAGUUGUAUUUAUAUACUGUACGUUUGAGCUGUUUCGCCUCUUUCCUGUUGUGUUGUAAUUCAAAGUCUUUACACGCUGAUGUCUGCUCAAUGCUCCACUCUCAUGCAAUGCUGCCUCACCUCUGUUAGUCGAGCCACUGACUGGAUCAGUGUUUCAGUCCUGCUGCCUCCUCGUUAAUCAGAACCUCAUGUCACAUCAGUUGAAUCCUUCAGACAAAAAAAAAAUAAAUCGUGUAAAGUUUUGAGUCGGUGCGACUAAGGUUCGUGAAUCAUCUCAAAUCUCUUGUGUUCUGUAUUUCAUACUUUUGGUUAAUACACUUUUUUUUUUGUUUAGUAUUAGAUGAGGAGAUGUAUGUCUGUACGAUAUAUGAAACCGCAGCCAUCUGCUGAUAAAUAUAAAGAUUGGAAACGGGAGGAAACGGCUAGCCUGCAUCUAUCUUGAGAUAAAACGAAAUCCAUCCAAGCUCUCUAAUAACAACAAUUUAAUAUCUUGUUUGUUUAAUCUCUACAAAAACCAAAUGGUUAUGGUUUUACAGGAGAUUAUGUACCUGUUCUUGUCUGGGUGCAGUGACUUCCCGUCGUCUUCCAAUCCUGUACUGGCUUCAGCUUCAUAUUUUGCAUACAGACAUGAGUGGUACUCAUCUAACUCUCUGCAAGAAACAAAACACAGUUAUUAUUCCUUUAAAGGUUUUUGUAUGUACAAACAAACGACACAGCAAAUUAACGCCUAUAUGUUUCAUGAACAUUGUCUGGAGGUUUCAACUGGGACUACUGAGCUUAAAGAGCAGACAGAUGUAGCUCUUGUCUCUUCAAGUACAGUAUUACGUAAUUUACUGUACCGUCAAUAUAUUUUUUUUGCAUCAGUGUUAAUAGUGGAAAGGAUUGCACAUGUGCAUGUGGUAUUAAUACUGCUGUGUCAGCAGCACGCAGGCCACAGACGGCGAAAAAACUUUUAUGACCAAAUAACAUGAGCGAAUAGUUUUUAUUACUUUUCAUGUAGGCAGCGACUGUGGUGUGCAAGAAGCAAGUGUUUAUUAGGGACCAAAUAACAACAAGAGUUACUGCAUUACUCGGUGUGGUGUCACAGAUUGACACCGACAACUGACGUUUUACGCGUCGCACACAUCGAGUUACACGGUUUACUCACUGUCUGUUGUAAAAAAAGAAAAAAAAACAACAGUCUUUUGAUAUGCUGACAUAGAGUACAUUGUGUCAUGUGAUUGGUUACACGUGUAUGCUUUUACACUGAAAGGAUUUCACGUUACGAUUGCGAAAAAAAAGACUGGAGACACGAACAUGUGUCUACAAGAACAGAGGCAUUCCUUUGGUAUUGUAAUGUGUAACAUGUGUUUUGUUAUAUAUUAAAUACAGAGAAAAUG